AUGUUUAGAAUAGCAGAAAAAACUCAAUAGAUUUCUUGUCCUAUGCAUAAGAAACCCAUAAAAUAUUUAAACAUUGGAUAGAAUUGUUCUUUGGAGUUGAGAAUAGGAUGCUCUUCAUGUAUGGGGGGAAAUUUUAUUGACUUUGAAUUAGCGGAAGAACUACUUGAUAAAUUGAAUAAUGGAAAUAAUGAUGAUGAUAUGAAGUAACAAUUAAAGAUUGACUUUAUGCAUACAUUAAAUCAAUUUAGAAAUUAAGUCAAUAAAAUACUUGAAAACAUUGAAAAACUAGUAGAAUCCAUGAACUACAGUUCAGAUAAAGUUAUCAAUUGGCUUAAUUAAAUUAAAGAGGCUAGUUAAUUUAAUAUUGAUGAUUUAAGAUAAAUUGCUGUUAAAUUAGGAGUAUAUAUUAUCAAAUAAGGUGAUUAAUUCUAACCUAGAGUCAAUGAAUAAUGGUAAAAUUAUAUUAGUAAAUAUGCUCAAAUUUUAUAAAAAACAAGCCUUCUUUUUAAUCAAAAAAUAAUAGAGAAAGAAUUAAAUCAAAAUGAUUAGGCUGAAAUUGUAACUUAAGAAGAACCAAAAAAAAUUUGUCAGAUUGAAUCAAAAGAGAUUUUGUUGGUAAAGUAAGACAUAGGUUAGGAAGUUGAAAAGCUCAAUAAUAAUUAUUAGAUAGAAAUAGAUGAAUAGAAGAAGAAAAUAGAAUUUUUAGAAAGUUAAAUUGAAAAAUAUCAUAAUUUAUAUAACAAAUUAAGGAAUUAAAAUGAGAAUCAAGAACCAGUAUUUGAAACACCAAAAGUUAAUAUGAUUAUAAAUAAAUAUGAACCUGAAAAAAAAGAAGAAUUAUAUAAACCAUUAUAAAAAUAAGACAAAGAACAAUUAUAGAUUUAGAAAUAUUUAGAUGAAAAAACAAUAAAUCAUCCUCUUUGGAAAGAGUUUAAUAAUGAAAUAGAUCAUAUAAAGAAUUAAUUAAAAUGGUUGGAAUAUAAAUAUGCUGAAUAAUUAUAUUAAUUCAAUUAAUAAGCCCUUUAAGAAUAAUAAAAAAAGUAAUUACAUUUUAGUAAAAAAACAUAAGAAAACUAAAACUUUUCUAAAUUUUAUCUUAAUUAAUUAAUAGCUUAAUUGUAAACAAUUAAUAAAUUGUUACUUGAUUCUUAAACCAUGUAUAAGAUGGACAAUAUUGUUGUUUCCAAUAAUUACUAAGAUGAAUAAGACUUAAAAAAAAAAGUAUUAGAAACAAUAGAUUAUAUCAGAAAUCAUAAAUAACAUCUAGAUGUUUGUCAAGUUGAAUUAAAAUAUGUUUAAGAACUUAUGUCAAUAAAUGAAUUAUCAAAAUGUAAUAUGGUUAAUAGUAGAGACUUAUAAAAAUAUUUUUAGAGACUUACUGACAAAAAUAAAUAUGGAAUAUUUUAUAUAAAUAAUAAUGCUUUACUUAAGAACUCAAAAAGUCUUCAAUAAGUAAUAAUUAAAUCAUUGCAAGAUAAUCAAUUGAAAGACAAUCUCUAAAUAGAUAAAGAUUUUAUAUUGGUUAAUAAAUUUGUUUGGAAAUUUAUAUCUACUCUAUACUUUAGUAGUGGCCCAGAAAUCUUGAUCUAAGAAAAUUGA